AUGGCAUCUCAAUAUGAGGACACUCAGCCUACCCAGCAAGUACUCGAUCCGCGACGUGUUGGAGAGGAUAAUUCCGGAGUCGGCGAUCACGACUCUUCAGAUAUAAUUUUACUGCUCAUCGCAGGGAGUCCGGCCGCCACUAGAAUUGUGGAACAGACUGCCCUGACUCGUAGCUACCAUGUCUUGUUCCACGACAUGGAGUCAUAUGUGACCAACAUCGAAGAGCAGGAGACCAUUAUCAUUGGAGAGGACGGUACCCCUCGGGGUAAGACGUCUGUUCAACGACCUGCCGACCUCGCGCUGCGCUUUUCAAGCAUCAGUCACCUCAAACAGAAGUUCUCGGGUUUCGUCUUUGGGCGUAAUGCCAAUUUAGUCGAUAUCGUCUUCGGCCAGGACACAGGCAAGCGCAUCAGCAACCAGCAUUUCCGGAUCUACCUCAACGCGGAGGGCCUGGCAAUGAUCGAAGACCUUUCUACCAACGGGACCCGAGUCGACAACACCGUCCUGAAGAGCAAAGACCAUCGUGCCGAGAAGACCCGCGUGCUGACCAGCAAUUCGGAAAUCAUCAUCGCCAACAGUGCGAACGACAACGAGAUGAUCCGUUUCCACGUGCGCAUUCCGCCUCGAUCCUCACAGGCACAAAUCUGGAACUACGAAGAGAACAAGCGCAACUUCAUGAGCGAGUGCUUCCAGGGAAAGGAACGGGAUAAAGUGCUGCGGCGCCAGCAACAACCGUAUCAGACUUUGAUGCGGUGGAAUGGUGGACACAAUUACACCAUCAUGGGCGAGCUCGGCAAAGGCGCAUUUGCAACCGUGUACAAGAUCGCUGAGAAGAUGAACGGGACUGUUUUGGCCGCCAAGGAGCUCGAGAAGCGACGAUUCAUGAAGGACGGUCGGCUCGACAAAAAGGUCGAAAACGAGCUAUCCAUCAUGCGCAACUUGAAGCAUCCCAAUGUUGUCCAAUUCAUCGAUUACCACGACCAAGGCGACUAUCUGUACAUUAUCAUGGAGUACGCGCCGUAUGGUGAUCUGCGCAAGCACAUGGAGGCGGGCAUGCGUCCCGAUGGCGAGGGUCCGAUGAAGGAAGACGUGAUGCGACUUGUGGCCCAACAGGUCCUGAGCGCUCUAGCUCAUCUUCAUGCCCAGAACGUCACGCAUCGUGACAUUAAGCCCGACAACAUUCUCAUCUCGGAAGUCGAGCCCAUGCAGGUCAAGCUGUCCGACUUUGGCCUGUCAAAGAUGGUCCAACACGAGGAGACUUUCUUGAAGACCUUCUGUGGCACCCUUCUCUACUGCGCUCCAGAGGUUUUCCCGUUCUACGAGAAGUCUAAGAAGCGCCGACGUGGGAACGAGAAGGCGUACAGCUCCGCUUGUGACAUUUACUCGCUUGGAGGCGUGCUCUGGAACGCUCUUUGCGGUGCACCGCCUUUCGAAGGCAAGCAAGAUUCCACAGGCCGCGCCAUGUUCGACCAUAUCAUGGAUUCGGUACUGGAUAUUGGUCCACUACAAGCGCGCAACGUCUCAGCCGCUUGCAUCGACCUGCUCACGCAGAUGCUGCGCCGCGACCCAUCCCAGCGUCCCUCGGAAAUCCAAUGCCUGCAACACCCUUGGCUCCGAGAGGGUGCGAACAUUCCGGAAGACCCAGCCCUGGAAUCUAUUGUCGAAGAGGAUGAAGGCGAGGACGAGGCCGAACAUCAACUGUCGCAGCUCAGCAUCAACGAAAAGGUGCACGAAUCUGAUGAGGCCGACGAAGCUGAUGUCUUGUCUGACGAGGAGUUUGAACAACUCAUUGACGCACGGCAGUCGAAGCGCAUCCGUCAUGACCCUUUGUUUCCGCGAUACCAGCUGCGGGACCAUGACGAUGAAUCAAGCGCCGCUCCAUCUUUCCAAUCUGAUAUGGAAGGUGUUCUUGAAGAUGAAAGCUUCCAGCCUAUGCCCAAGGCACCCAAUACGCAUCGCUUGUUUGGCGAAAUCGGGCAGUCAGCCCUAGAAAGCUCUGGCGUUCUGCAUGUGCACGCAAAGCAAGCCCUUUCAGAUGCCGGAUCCGCUGAAUCCGGUGUACAAUAUCGAGAGAAUGGUAGACGUCGAAAAGCAUCCACUGGCAACACACCAACGCUUGAUCGCGACAUUUCCUCCUCGAGCCUAUUUGGUGCUGAAUCUGGUGUACGAGAGUUGAACAUGGCUUCACCGCAGUCUUUCGGGUCCGGUAGAGAAACUCCGAAUGAACCCGCCACACCCAAGACACCAGAGGUCCCGCAACACAACUCUCUCGGUUAUUCUCAAAAGAACCCUAGCCAGAGCAGCGAACCAACGCCAAGGGCACGACCACCUCCAAGCCGGAUGAUCAGUCUUCCAAAGACGCCAUCCUUCUUCUAUGAUCCUGCUGACCCUUCCACGCACAACGUUGAAUAUGCUCAGAAGGUCAGUGGGUUCGAUUUUGGCGCGCAACAGCAGGAUGCCACAGACGUCGCCUCUCUCGCAGACACGAUGCAACAAUCUGGCCACGGGGACAGCGACGCUUCGGUUACUUCGGUUGCUUCGGUCGCAGCUCUCCAGGUGCAAGCAAGUCCACAGUUGCCCACCGAGCCGGACUUCAAAGCUCCGCCACGCCGAGUCGGCAAGCUGGUGGCGACGGCCGAUUCUUUCGACCCUUCGCUUACCCUCAACAUUGACCAGCGGUUAACCUCGUGGGGUCGUUUGAAGACGAGCACGAUUGUGUAUGAAGAUGCCACGGACAUCCGCAUUCCUAAGACGGCCUUCUACAUCUUUUGGUGGUCCCCGAAUGACGUGAACUUGGUGCAAGAGCUGUCUCAAAACGGACAGGACUGGACCAACGUAGAGGACCUGCAAGUCGGCAUCUACACGCAAGCUAGGUCCGGCCUCUGGGUCAACGGCAAGCACCUCCGACAAAAGGACGAUAAGGGCCGGGCUCUUUACGGCAACCUGCACUCGGGUGACAUCGUGCAGGUCUUCUCGGACCGCAGCCAGUGUCUGAAGUUCAAGUGCGAGUUUUACCACGGCAACAGCGUACAGCCUCGCCCCGCCGGGCAGAGCUUCAGGGUGCAGUUCGGAACCAAGUUGAACUAG